CACACAAAGCCCCGAGUGUCAAAGCCAAGCAUCAGCCUCGAGGUAUCAGACAACAGGCAGCACCAUGGGCGGCUGCCGGGCUGCUGCAGCCGGGGCUCUCCGCCUSGCAGCGCACUGCACCCGGACCCAGAGGCCGCUGCAGCCGGGGGCCGGAACCGGAACCGGAGCUGGAGCCUCGGUCUGGGCCCGGAGGAGCCUGAGCGAACCUGCGGCCUUAGAGCCGCGGAGGAGGCUGAAGAGCGCCGCGGAGCUUCCGGGACCCAGUUGGUUCACCACCCUGUACUGGCUGUUCAUCAGGGGCUACGGAGCUAGAGGACACCUGCUACAGUGCCUCCAGAAGCGGCGGUACGGCCCCAUGUGGCGGUCCCGGUUCGGUCCGUUCCAGCUGGUGAACGUGGCRUCUCCGCGGCUCAUCGCCCAGGUGAUCCAGCAGGAGGGCCGGUACCCGGUCCGGGUCGAGCUGCCGCACUGGAAGGAGUACCGGGACCUGAGGGGGCAGGCGUACGGUCUGCAUGUGGAUUCUGGACCGGAGUGGCACCGGAUCCGCAGCGUCCUGAACCCCAAGAUGCUGCAACCCAAAGAGGUGUCGGCCUUCGCCCCUGUGGUCCAGUCCGUGGUGGACGACCUGCUGGCCCGGCUGGAGCUGCUGCGGCGCCGCAGCCCCGACGGCGCCACUGUGCCCGACCUGGCCGCCGAGCUCUACAAGUUUGGCUUUGAAGGCAUUUCUGCCGUCCUGUUUGAGACGCGGCUCGGAUGCCUGCAGGAGGAAAUCCCUGCCGACACGCAGCGCUUCAUCACUGCCGUCAACGACAUGCUGACGCUGUCCGACCUGGUGGUACUGCUGCCGCGCUGGAGCCGCAGGCUCCUCCCCUUCUGGAGACGCUUCGUCCAGUCCUGGGACGACCUCUACGGUGUAGCUCAGAAGCUGGUGGACCGGCGGAUGGCAGAGCUGGCGGCGCAGCCUGGCGGUGGCGAUGAGGGGAUGUACCUGACAUACCUGCUGUCGUCUGAUAGGCUGAGCAGAGCCGAGGUUUACAUCAGCGUGACGGAGCUGAUGCUGGGCGGCGUCGACACGACGUCCAACACUCUGUCCUGGGCUCUCUACCAUCUGGCCCGGGACCGACCCGCCCAGAACCGCCUGCAGGCCGAGGUGGACUCCGUUUGCCCCGACCGCCGGCCGCCCAGCACCCAGCAGCUGGGCAGGAUGCCCUAUCUGAGGGCCGUCGUCAAGGAGACGCUGCGCUUGUAUCCGGUGGUGCAUGGAAACGGACGGCUGGUGUCAGAGAACGAGGUGGUGGUGGACGAGUUCUGGUUCCCCAAGCAGGUAAGAGGAGGAAGAAGAGCUGCAUCUGUCUGUAUGUCCUCAUCCUGUCUGUCCUCAUCCUGUCCCGUCUGUCUCUCUGUCCCCCUGCAGACUCAGUUCCACCUGUGUCACUACGCUGCGUCCCACGAUGAGGAGGAGUUCGAGGCACCGGAGGAGUUCCUGCCGCAGCGCUGGCUGCAGCUGGAAUCUCCCAGCAGCCAUUGCGGCAGAGCCACACCCGGUUUCUACCGCCAUCAUCCCUACAGCUUCAUCCCGUUUGGAGUCGGAGUGAGAGCCUGUGUAGGCAAGAGGCUGGCAGAGAUGGAGAUGCACCUGGCUCUGUCCAGGCUGAUGCAGCACUACGACAUUCACCCUGAAGUUGGAUCUCCUCUCGUUGAGCCUAAAACCAGAACUCUUCUGAUCCCGUCCAGACCCAUCAACCUGCGCUUCCUGCCCAGAGCCUGAAGAGCCACCAGCAGGGGUUGAUGCCUCAUUCAGGGUUGGAUUCUUCACCACGUCCAGAGGAGACGCUUUAACCUAAACAUUUUUAUUAAUAUUCAGUUUAUUGAAGCUGAAGAUAAUUUUCUGCCUCUGUAUCGGUUUCUGUCCUCACCGCUUUUAAAGUCAGGCUUUGAUUAGGCAGUUUCUGUGCUCUGAGCUCCAGCUGCUGUGGAACAGAUGGCCCACAUCAUGAUACCUCCACCACCGGGCCUGACACCGUGUUGUAGUUCUGUCUGCUUUCUGACCUUUGACCUGCAGAUGGAGAAGAUCGGAGGGAGAGGAAGCUCAGUUUGGUUAGCAUUUAGCUUGCUGCAGCCUGACUGCGUUCUUCAUGUGUUUGAAUGUACCUGUGCCUUUCUGAAGUAUAUUUAUUGUUACAACAGGGAAAUGAUUUUACUGUAAAACCAUCUUUUAAAUUUUGAA